AUGGCGGACCACGCCGUCGUUCACUGGCUGAACACCACCGUCGCCCCCGACCUACUGGACAUCGUGAUGGUGGACGAGGACACCGCCCUCACCGUCUGGACAGUGAUCGACGGCAUCUUUCGCGACAACCAGCUCGCCCGCGCCGUCUACAUUGAUGCCGAAUACCAUGCCGUGGUGCAAGGUAAUCUGACAAUCAUGCAGUACUGUACUAAACUGAAGACGUACGCUGAUCAGCUCCGAGAUCUUGGCCAGAUGGUGUCCGAGCCGCACCAGGUCUUCCACCUCCUCCGUGGGCUCAACCGCCAGUUCCAUGGUGCCAUUCCUCACAUCACAGCACAGUCGCCGCUGCCCUCGCUUCUCCAGACACGCUCCUUGCUGCUUCUCGAGGAGCAUCACCGCACGCCUCCAAGUUGCCCACGCUCUCUUCGCCGGGCGUGGCACUGCUCCGUCUUCUUCCUCGCCACCUGCUACACCCCCUGCCGCUUCGCCUGA